GCUGGCGCGGAGCGGGGGGCGGGGACCCGCGGCGGCGUACUUAAGGCCGGGCGCUCGGCGCCCCCCCCUCACUCGCGCGUUAGGAGGCUUGGCUCGUUGUGCUGCGCCUUGUUCCCGCCUGCGUCAGGGACCUUCCCGACUCAGUGGCCACCAUGGCAUCAGACGAAGGCAAGCUUUUCGUCGGAGGGCUGAGUUUUGAUACCAAUGAGCAGUCACUGGAGCAGGUCUUUUCAAAAUACGGACAGAUCUCUGAAGUGGUGGUCGUGAAAGACAGGGAGACCCAGCGAUCUCGAGGCUUUGGGUUUGUCACCUUUGAGAACAUCGACGAUGCCAAGGACGCCAUGAUGGCCAUGAACGGGAAGUCUGUGGACGGGCGACAGAUCCGAGUAGACCAGGCUGGCAAGUCAUCUGACAAUCGAUCCCGUGGGUAUCGAGGUGGCUCCGCUGGGGGCCGGGGCUUCUUCCGAGGGGGCCGAGGCCGGGGCCGUGGGUUCUCCAGAGGAGGAGGGGACCGAGGCUAUGGGGGGAGCCGGUUCGAGUCCAGGAGUGGGGGCUAUGGAGGCUCCAGAGACUACUACAGCAGCCGGAGUCAAGGUGGCGGCUAUGGUGACCGGAGCUCGGGCGGGUCCUACAGAGACAGCUACGACAGUUAUGCUACACACAACGAGUAAAAAUCCUUCCUGCUCAAGAUCGUCCUUCCAAUGGCUGUAUAUUUAAAGAUUUUGGGAGCUUCGCUGAAUCGUUAAUGUGUAGUGAACACACCUCCUUGUACCCCACUUUUGUAGUCUUAUCGGUUCUGAUCUUGUCAAACACAGCCUGACUGCUUCUGACCCCCAGAUGGCCUCGUUACUAGACUUUUCUUUUUAAGGAAGCGCUGUCCGUUUUUAAGGGUUUUAAAAACGUUUUGAAAAGCACUUCAGAUUUUACUUUUUUCUUUUUACCAUGAGCCAUAAGUUUUUUAGGAAAUCAUUGGGGGUUGUGUGGGUUUUGGUUUUAGUUGUGUUGCCUUUUUUGUUUCUCUUUUUAGUGGGGUCAGGCCCGUGAAGUUGGGUGCCCCAAUUCACGUCUCUUAAGAUUGAACGGACUCUGAAUCCGCUUUUUGUCGGAAGCUGAGCAAGCUGUGGCUUUUUUCCAACUCUGUGUAAUGUUUCUGAGUGUAGCGUGGUAGGACCCAUCCUGGGGCAGUAGCCGAGGCACUCUGGCUGCCCUGGGCCUGGCCUGUAUGGCCCUUCUGUGCUAUGUAUGACCCACAGUAGACUUGCAGACGUCCCCUCGAGAGGUUCUUAAAAAUGUUUAUUUAUAUUGUCCUUUUUUACUGGAAGACGUAUGCAUAUCCUCUUGAUGUUGUAUUUGAAGUGGUUAAGGAAUUCUUGUACGCAGUUUUCUUUGGCUUUACGAAGCCGAUUAAAAGACCGUCUGAAAUGAACCUUGCUCUGACAAUUUCCCUUUCAUUGCACAACACACUCCCUGCUACGGGUUCGAGGCAGUUGGAACUGAGCAGAGCGCAGUUUGAGAAGGAGGUCUGCCAGUCCUGCCUGAGGCCCUUGGAGAGCUAGACAGGGAAGGCAGGAUAGACGGACACUUGCCGGGCCCCUUGUGACAGCCGACUGCCAUUGGUCCCGGUUUAGGUGAGAAGGUGGGUGACGGGGUGGGGAGCUUAGCAGGGACGGUGGACACUCGGGCACAUGACGCCAACCUGGACUGCCUUAGUUUAGAGGUAGGCCAGAGAGUGGACAGCAGGCAGCGUCCCUGGGCGACCACAGACUGACCGGCGUGUUAGCUAGCUCUGCUGUUGCUUUACAAGUUCUGAGCUUUCACCGCUAGCCUAUGGAAGCUGCAGCCCCUCGGAGGACAGAAGUGUUGUGCGCCCAACAGACCUCUGAGACGCAAGCUGCUCCCUUGGCUAGCUCAUAUGUGGAAAUAGCCCUGUAAUUCGAGGUAACUCCUUUUGCUCGUGUCCGCAUCCCUCCUCUUGUCAAGAGCUCAUUUGAAAGUAAAGUUAUGUACCUGGGGAAUGUUCCUUUGACUGUUUCUCCUUUUCCAUUUUUUUUUUUUUUUUUUUUUUUUUUAAAAUCAAGCUAGCACUAAAGUCAGACCUCGGCCGUUGGCCCUUCCCCGCCUGCAGCCAGGCGAGCGGCCCGGGCAGUCAUACCUCAAGAGUAGGUUUGAUCCAUAAGCAGGAUUGGAGACCACCGAACGCCCCGCCUUUUGGAAUUUUUGUUCAUCAAUUGACAGUCUUUUCCAGACCUCCUUACCUCAGGCUUCUAACUAGCUUUCUCUGAUGUCUGUUGCCGCCAUGAGUUUUUCCCAGAGCCCCACACUGUUCUCUGAGCAGCUCCAUCCCAAUUGGGUAGCUGGCUCUGCUUAAGGGUGGAAUGUGGCCUGACCCAUCUGAAAGGCGCAGGCCCACCCUGGGCACGCCAGCCUGUGACGGGGCCUCUGCCGGGACGGCCCCGAUGACUAGCUUGAGACCCUCCUAGGAGCUGUGGAUGGUUUCAGGGGAGGCAGGGAGGGGCAGACACGAGCUGUGACCGGGACACUGGGUGUAACGCUUCUUUGCUUUGGCAGGUUGAAGGGAAGCCAGUGUGACUUGAAAGAGUGGCCAGAGAGCAGCGAUGACCUGGGGUCACUGUCCCAGGAGGGCCUUCACCUGGAAGCAAGAGACAGAGGCACGGCCACCUGUCCUCACACACUGUUACCUCAGGUGCGUCACUGGGGAGGCUGAGGUGGGGUCACGUCGCUCCGGGAGGCCCCGGUGUGCCGCAGCUUUGCACCGCACCUAGUGCUCACCUCAGCACUGGCAGGACAUGGACGUUGGAUUUGAAUAAAGGGCUGGUGUGUCCACACAGAAA